AUGUGGUUCUGGGUGUUUGGAUGGUUCCUUGUCCUGACAUCAGCGAUUGGCAAUGGACUCGUAAUUUAUCUCGUCAUCACGAAACCUCGCCUCCAUACCCCUGGUAAUAAUUUCAUCGUAUCGCUGGCCGUUGCCGAUCUCUGCGCAUCUCUAGCGUUCUUUCCACCCCAGUUUUGCGCUAAAUUCAUCUACACUAUUGACCUCAGCCAUGCAGGUCUCUUUUUCAAAGUCAGCUUCGCCUUCCUGUACUGUUCCAACACAAAUCUUUUUGCUAUGGCACUCGAUCGCUUUCUUGCUAUUGCAACGCCUUUUCGGCACAUCUAUUUAAUCACGGAGAAAACUACCUGGUCCGUGAUCGUUGCGGCUUGGAUUUCCCCGUUUUUGCUCUUCUUCUUUCCUGCCAUCUUCACUCACAACAACAAUCCAAAGUACACCAUGCUCGUGGAAAUCUCCCGAAUUAUUAUCUUCCAAAUCCUGCCCUUUGUUUUCUUUGUCGCUGCGACGUUCCAUCUACUUCGCGUCGCCCAGAAGGUCAACAGCCAGAUUGGUAUAAUGACCACUCAGGUCCUGUACAACCAUGCCAUGGGUGCAGUCAACAACAGGCCACCUGCCCUGUCCAAUGUAAACUUCAGGGGUUCGACUGCUUUGAUUAUCAUGGUGAUGACCGCCUAUAAUGUCACAUACAUCGGCUGGAAUUAUCACUGUCUAUGCCAUCUCAUCGGUGUUUGUCAGUCUACCAAGACGCUGAAUCACAUAGUUUCUAUUGCACUGAUCGCCAACACUGCUGUCAAUCCAGUCCUCUACUCUUUUCUUAAGAAGGACAUUCAGAGGGAAUUUUCUAGGUUGUUCUCAGGGAAGGUGCUGAAUCCCACUGAAAUCGUUGGAAAGGGGCACGAGUCUCCUAGACCAACCACAAUCACAGGAAGGUAA